AUGGAGAUUCCAACGACCAAGGAACUGCUAGAUCGUUUCACCUACUACGACUACUCCGUGUUCAUCAGCAUGCUGGCCAUGUCCGGGGCCAUCGGCCUCUUCUGCGCUUUCCACGGUGGUGCCCAGAACACCAUUCGACAGCUGCUCAUGGGCAACAAGCAGUUGACUCCAGUCCCCGUUGGCACGUCCCUCAUGGCCAGCUUUAUUUCUGCCGCCUACCUCCUGGGGAACGCUUCUGAGGUCUACCGCAACGGGACCUUGUACGCCAUGACCUUCCUGUCGUACCUGCUCGCACUGGCUGUUACCGCGCACUUGUUCAUGCCCAUCUUUUACCAGUUAGACAUCAUGACCGCUUACGAGUACCUUGAAUUGCGCUUCAGCCGCAUGGUGCGGAUGGCAGCUGUCGCCAUCUAUACGCUGGAAAUGACGAUCUACAUCUCCAUUUCAUUGUACGCCCCAGCGCUGGCGUUAUCACAAUUGACUGGAAUGACGCUUUGGUCAGCAGUUGCUGCCAUUGGCUUAGUGUGCACCGUUUACACAAGCAUCGGUGGCAUCAAGGCUGUCGUGUACACCGACACCUUUCAAGCCGUCGUUACCGUGCUGGCCAUGGUGGUCGUGGUACUGCUCGGCAUCCGAGAGAUGGGAGGCUUCCAAAAGGUCUGGGACAUCUGCCGCGACGGACACAAGAUUCAAUUCGACGAAGUGAACCCCAAUCCUAUGAUCCACCAGACAAUCUGGGGACUGUCCAUCGGAAUGUUCUUCACCAACGCAGCCAGCUAUGCCACCAACCAAAUGAUGGUGCUCCGUUACCUGACCGUUCCGACACUCAGAGAAGCCAAAAUCGUGGUAUGGCUCAACUUCCCCUACUUGUGCAUCGUUCUGGCUUUGAGCUGCUUUGCGGGACUUCUCGUUUACUCUAAGUACGCUACCUGUGACAUCUACGCCAUCAAGCAGAUCUCGACUGAAGACCAGUUGCUCCCAUAUUUUGUCAUGGAUGUCCUCGGAAAAUUAAGAGGUAUACCCGGCCUGUUCGUCGCUGGAAUAUUUGCCGCCUCACUCAGCUCCAUCUCAUCAGGAGUGAAUGCCUUGGCAUCGGUCUACUACGUGGACGUGAUAGCCGUCUUCAGAAAAGACACCAGCGAACAGACCGGUGCUCGGAUAAUUAACGGUUUGGGUGUGUUCUUUGGCCUGCUGACCAUUGGCCUGGUGGCCGUCGCUUCGCACAUGGGCAACGUGCUCGCAGCAUCGCAAGUCAUCAAUAGCGCCAUUGGAGGUCCCCUUCUGGGUCUUUUCACCGUGGGAAUGUUUGUGCCCAUGGCAAACAGCAAGGGCGCCUUAUCUGGGCUGUUCGUUUCUCUGACGCUGUCCCUCUGGCUAAACCUGGGUGCCUUCGUUCACAACUUGGGCACCGCGUCUCCUCCCGCCACGGUGGACGGUUGUCCAGAGGAAUUCCGGAAUGUCACAGGUUUCGGAACCUACGCGACUGAGAACACCUUGGACGUCUACAAGCUAUCUAACCUCUGGUACAGCAUGAUUGCAUUUUUCAUCGUAAUCAUCGUCGCAGUCCCAGUGAGCUACUUUACCACUCCAACAAACGCUGCCACGCUAAAUCCAAAACUCAUCUGUCAGUUAGCCGACGUCGUCUUUUGGUUUGCACCUGAGAAAUUCAGGAGACACUUCAGACUAAACGUCGGGAACGACUAUGUUUAA